AUGUCCGCCGCCGUCGCUCCUUUUCCCCCCUUUCAUGAAGGGAAUAUAAAGAACUGGUUCUUACAAAUGGAAGCCAUUUUCACAGUCAGAAGGAUUACAGACCAAAAGACCAAGUUUGGCCACGUGGUGGCGGUUUUGCCACCCGCCAUUGUUGAUGAGGUCUCAGACUUCUUAGAAGCCGUUCCUGAAGUAGAACCCUACGCGCGGUUAAAAGAAGCAAUCUUAAGGAGAAUGGGCCGUACAGAGGAGUCAUUAAUCCGGGAACUAUUUAGCAACCUAACUUGUGAUGGCAGGACUCCCUCCCAACUUCUUCGUUAUAUGAAAAGCCGACUCGGCAAAAAUACCAUGGCUGACUCUAUAUUAAAAAGCUUGUGGCUGGACCGUCUCCCCACCACCAUAACCCAAAUUUUGGCGCCAAUGUCCGAAAACACCUCGAUCGAUCAAUUAGCGGACGCCGCGGAUCGUAUUUUCUCGCAACUGGAUAAUCAGACAACGCCGGUACACAGUGCUGAAGCGACUAGGGACCACAGCUCCUUGGAAAAAACAGUCGAGGAUUUGCAGCGCCAAGUUAAGGAUUUAACAUUAGCUCUAAAGAGCCGUGGUCGAAGCCGGUUCCCCUCCCGCCGGCGCUUCAGAAGUCGACCACGCUCGUCCAGCCGGGACAAAGAUGCUACGUCUACUAUGUGUUACUACCACCGAAGAUUUGGGUCUAAAGCUCAUUACUGCGUCAAGCCGUGUACUUAUACUGCGGUCGCGGAAAACAAAACCGCCAGCGAUCGCCUUUUUUAUGUGACGGACACACGUAAUAAUUUACGUUUUUUGGUUGAUACCGGCGCUGCCAUUAGUGUCUUACCCGUGCGUGAUAAAGCUCGUCAACAACCUUUUCAGCUCCGCUUACAAGCAGCAAAUGGUUCCAGUAUUAAUACUUACGGUACGAAGUCCCUUACCCUAAACAUAGGGAUGCGACGAGACUUUACUUGGAAUUUUACUGUUGCUGACGUCCAGAUGCCGAUACUAGGUGCCGAUUUCCUGGCGCACUAUGAUCUCGCCGUGCGAAUGAACAACCAUUCCCUGACUGACAACUUAACAAGACUGUGUGUUCUUGGCACUUAUUCUAAACUUACUACCACUGGCAUCACCGUGGCAACGUGCCACAAUAAAGAGUACUUAGACUUAUUGAAUCAGUACCAGGACCUCCUGCGUCCUGCUGGAUCUAUUGAUUCAACUAAACAUCAAACACAGCACUGUAUUAAGACCACUGGUCAACCUGUUUUUUCCCGUCCUCGUCGUCUAGCACCGGACAAAUUAAAAUUCGCAAAGAAAGCUUUCGACGACAUGCUUCGAGAGGGUGUUAUUCGUCCGUCCGACAGUCCUUACGCUUCCCCUCUUCAUUUGGUACCUAAACCAGGAAAGGAGGACUAUAGAAUUUGUGUGGAUUAUAGAAGGUUGAAUUACAUCACCGUCCGGGAUCGUUAUCCAAUCCCCCACCUCCACGAUUUCACUUCUGCUGUGACCACACCACCAGUUUCUUCCUCUUUUAUUCAGGACUUACGCCUUAAAAUGGCAAACUUAUGCUAUACACCACCGCGGCACUGCCCGAGUGAUAUCUAUUUACCGCACCAGCUAAAAGACUGUGAAUUUGUAUUCGUACGUAACGACUCUGUUAAGCGGCCUCUUACGCCGGCCUACACAGGCCCAUUCCGCGUUCUUAAACGCGCGGACAAAUAUUUCCAAAUACAAAAAGGUAUUCACACCGACAACGUUUCAAUAGAUCGGUUGAAACCUGCCUUUAUAGAGAAACCGUCGUCUCAUACUACUUCCCAAUCAACUCCGCAAGUUCAGGAGAAUGUCAAGACACCUGUUUCUCUCGACAAGCCUAAGUAUACCAGCUCCGGUCGAAAAGUCACCUUUCCAAAGAAAUUUGAAACAUUCUACUAUUAUUAG